UUCCAGCAGCAGCAGCAGCAGAGGGCUGGCGCUGCAGUUGCGCUGGCACAAAUUCAACGUGGGUGCACACAGUGAGUGAGAGAGUGAGAGAGAAAGAGAGAGAGAGACCUGCCGCAUCUUGUGGAUUUCUUUGCGAACAAGCCCGUGUACAUGGUUCUCCCUGUUUCUUUCUCUCUGUCUCACACAGACCAGGAGCUGAUUCCAGUUUUCGGAGAAAAUGUGGCAUCGCACAAUAGCGGCAGUCCUUUUUUUACUCAAUUCUUUGGGGCACUCGCUGGCAGGCUUUCCAAACCAAAUCAACAUCGGCGGACUGUUCAUGCGCUCCACAGUGCAGGAACACAGCGCCUUCAGGUUUGCUGUCCAGCUGUAUAACACCAACCAGAAUGUGACAGAGAAACCCUUCCACCUCAAUUACAAUGUUGACAACCUGGAGUCCUCCAACAGUUUCUCCGUCACACAUGCCUUCUGCUCCCAGUUCUCCCGAGGAGUUUACGCCAUCUUCGGCUUCUACGACAGGAAGUCCAUGAACACGCUGACCUCCUUCUGCGGGGCACUGCACACCUCCUUCAUUACUCCCAGCUUUCCCAUCGACACCGACGUGCAGUUUGUCAUCCAGAUGAGGCCCAGUUUGCGAGGAGCUGUUCUCAGCCUGCUGGACCAUUACAAGUGGGAGAAGUUCGUCUACCUUUACGACACUGACAGAGGGUUUGCAAUCCUCCAAGCCAUCAUGGAGUCUGCUGUAGCCAAUAACUGGCAGGUGACAGCUCGCUCGGUGGGGAACAUUGUGGACCCCACAGAGUACAGGCGCAUCAUCGAGGAGAUGGACCGCCGGCAGGAGAAACGCUUCCUCAUCGACUGUGAGGUGGACAGGAUCAACUUGAUACUGGAGCAGGUGGUGACCUCGGGAAAAAACAGCAGAGGAUACCACUAUAUCCUCGCCAACCUGGGUUUUUCCAACAUGAGUCUGGACAGGGUCUUUUCUGGUGGAGCCAACAUCACAGGCUUCCAGAUCAUCAGCCCAGACAGCCCCAUCGUCCAGCAGUUCCUCCAGCGCUGGGAGCGCCUGGAUGAAAGAGAAUUCCCAGAAGCCAAAAACACUCCGCUGAAGUACACAUCGGCACUCACCCACGACGCCAUCCUCGUGAUCGCGGAGGCCUUCCGGUAUCUUCGGCGGCAACGAGUGGACGUGUCACGUAGGGGGAGUGCAGGCGACUGCCUCGCCAAUCCUGCAGUGCCCUGGAGCCAAGGCAUCGACAUAGAGAGAGCCCUCAAAAUGGUCCAAGUACAAGGUAUGACAGGAAACAUCCAGUUUGACACAUUUGGUCGACGAUCUAAUUACACAAUCGACGUGUACGAGAUGAAACCAGGCGGCCCCAGGAAGGCUGGAGCCGGUCCCUGCUGUCCUAGGAUCGGCUACUGGAAUGAGUACGAAAAAUUUGUAUAUAUAAUGGAUCAGCAGGUCACCAACGAGUCCUCUUCUGUGGAAAACCGAACAAUUGUGGUCACUACUAUUAUGGAAGCUCCAUAUGUGAUGUACAAGAAAAACUAUAUGCAGAUGGAGGGGAAUGACAGAUAUGAAGGCUACUGUGUCGAUUUAGCUUCUGAAAUUGCAAAACAUGUGGGGAUUAAGUAUAAGCUGUCAGUAGUGCCCGACGGGAAGUAUGGAGCCAGAGAUCCAGAGACCAAGACGUGGAACGGGAUGGUGGGUGAACUAGUCUAUGGGAGAGCUGACAUAGCUGUGGCACCACUAACUAUAACGUUGGUUCGAGAAGAAGUGAUAGACUUCUCUAAACCCUUCAUGAGCUUGGGCAUCUCCAUUAUGAUUAAGAAGCCCCAGAAGUCCAAGCCUGGGGUGUUCUCCUUCUUGGAUCCACUGGCCUAUGAGAUUUGGAUGUGUAUAGUUUUUGCUUAUAUCGGUGUGAGUGUGGUGCUCUUCCUGGUGAGCCGUUUCAGCCCUUAUGAGUGGCAUCUGGACGAAAACGAUGAGGCCAAAGACCCUCAGAGCCCCCCUGACCCUCCAAACGACUUUGGGAUUUUUAAUAGCCUGUGGUUCUCCCUGGGUGCCUUCAUGCAGCAAGGAUGCGAUAUCUCACCAAGGUCUCUGUCCGGCCGUAUCGUGGGAGGAGUGUGGUGGUUUUUCACCCUCAUCAUAAUCUCUUCCUACACGGCCAACCUGGCUGCCUUCCUCACCGUGGAGAGGAUGGUUUCUCCCAUUGAGAGUGCCGAGGAUCUGGCCAAGCAGACAGAGAUCGCCUAUGGGACUUUAGACUCCGGCUCCACUAAGGAGUUCUUUAGGCGCUCCAAAAUAGCAGUUUAUGAGAAAAUGUGGUCGUACAUGAAAUCCGCCGAACCCUCAGUGUUUGCCAAGACAACACCAGACGGGGUUUCCCGGGUACGAAAGUCGAAGGGCAAGUUUGCCUUUCUUCUCGAAUCCACUAUGAAUGAGUACAUAGAGCAGCGGAAGCCAUGCGACACCAUGAAAGUGGGCGGCAACCUCGACUCUAAGGGCUACGGUGUGGCCACGCCAAAAGGCUCUGCAUUAAGAACUCCUGUAAACCUUGCAGUAUUGAAACUCAGUGAACAAGGCAUCUUAGACAAGCUGAAAAACAAAUGGUGGUACGAUAAGGGUGAAUGUGGAACCAAGGACUCUGGAAGUAAGGACAAGACAAGUGCACUAAGCCUGAGCAACGUGGCAGGAGUCUUCUAUAUUCUAGUCGGAGGGCUUGGCCUGGCUAUGACCGUGGCUUUGAUAGAGUUCUGCUAUAAGUCACGGCAAGAAACCAAAAGACUGAAGCUGGCAAAGAAUGCCCAAAACUUUAAGCCGGCCCCUCCUGCAAACACCCAGAAUUUUGCCACGUACCGUGAAGGCUACAACGUCUAUGGGACAGAGAGUGUGAAAAUCUAAAGGGUGAAUUGUUUCGAUUCCCGCCGGUGAUCCUGGAUGGAAACUGCCACUCUGUGUGACCCCGACACUCCGUGGUUGGCGUCCUGGAGGCAACGGCCUUCUUUGUCACCAACUUGGACACAAGCCUACAAGUCAACAAGUGCUCAUUUUGGGUUAUGAACCCAUCACACUAACAGAGGGCAAUGUUGCAACAGGACUUUUGCUUCUGGAAACAUGGGAUUUGCCUCUCGUAGUGCCUUAUGGAGCAUUUCUGCAUCAUGGCAAUGCAAUUUAAAAAUUUAAUUCACUUGAAAAUAAAAAAUAAAUAAAUAAAAAAAAUCUGUGGAAGUAGGGCAAAACAUUGUUUCAAAUGACAAACAAACUGUUGUAAUUUCAGUUGUUUUCUAUUUUAAAGAAGAAGAAGACAGAAAAAAAAAAAGCCAUGAUUUGAAAUCAAAAUCCUGGAUUACUUAUUUAGUCAUUUGAAUCCUUUACAGACAUAUUUUUGUGGUGAACUCUUAAGUUGGAUAAAUGUUAUAUUUAGUGAAGUAAAGUCAUUUUCUUGUUUUACUAUAAGCUUUUUUUCAGUGUAUCAGAAUAUCUAGGACAAGCAUCGAACACUAGGGUUAAGAUCAAUUUAACUGACAAUAGUGAAUCCAGGUUUUUACUCGGAAAAUAUCGAUAAUGUGAAAUUAGUGGUCAUCUUAAACAGCUUAGGUGGUGUCAUUUUCAAAGCCAGCUGGACGUCACAUACGACUGAAUCUGUUUUAGAUGCUUGUUUUGAAUCGACUUUGUGCGACUGCAUUUCUUUCAGCUGCCACUCUUUGAAAAGAAGCGAUUCUUUUAUUGAAAUGAGGCCCGUGUUUGAUCACUUAAUGCCAUAUUGUUGAAAUCAAAAGAUUCAUAAAUACUUUAGAGGCUAGGAAGGUGACCCCUUUUGAUGUAAACCGAACAUUCAAAUGGUUUAACUGAGCUUAUGGUUUACACUUUGUACACACUUUAGAAGCUGUUCUCAUGUAAGCGCAGUAUCUGCAGCUGUGAUUCUCAACAUCUCUUUUUUGUUGGUAAAUGAUAACACACCAUAGCUUCUUUGGUCGUGAAAAGCUUUCUGUGUCUAUGCAUUAUGCAGAGGGGUGAAACUGUACAUUGAGGGAAGAGCAACGAAUGAAACAUUUGUCUGUUUGUAUAAGUGAAAUUUUUAUAUACUGAAUAGUGGGGGGGAAAAGAACCUACAACCGCUACAAACAAUGUAUGCCUACAUUUGUUUAGUAUAUCAGACUUUCUCAUCCUUUUAUUCCCCAGAAAAAAGUGCAUGUGAAUUUGGUAAUAGUUUUAAACAAACUGCAGAUCGAAAUUGACCCUGGUUUAGUUAGUGUCUGUUAAUGACAUCUGAUUUGGUUUAGUUUUUCCAGUUCAUUUGUAACAGUACCUCAACCAUGAGAGUUGCAUGUAUGGACACAGUGAACCUCUGUGGAGGGGUCAUGUACAAAGGAUUUUAUUACAUUUCCUUAAUAAAAGCAGGUUUAUAUUUA